AUGUCGCAACAGCAUCAGAAUACACUCCAACAGCAGCUGCUACACCAACAGGGUGCGAAGCAGUCUGCUCCGUAUCAACCAUCACAAUUGACCAACUCGCAGUAUCCUCAGCGACAAUAUCUACUUCAGCAACAGUACUAUCAACAGCAACUUCUAAACCAGCAGCAACCUCCAUUACUUUAUAGUCAAAAUACUACAGCUGCUCAGGAGCAUCCACAAGUUCGUAUCAAGUCUUCUGCAGUACGACAGGAAGAACGAGAGCUAGCAAAGGGCAAGCAGCAAUGGGAGUCUCAUUUGCAGCCUUCUAUUUAUCAACAAUACAAUAAUCAACCUCCGUCACAGCAGAAACAACAAUAUCCUGCUACACAGCAAACACAUUUACGUACACCCCAUCACAAGCAAUGGCAGCAUCUUCAACAAUAUGGUCAGAAUUUGGUAGAGUGGAGAUCCACUAUCGCGCCUGAUUCUGACAUGUCCAUAAUGCAGCAACAGCUGAGUCAUCCUGCGUCUACUCCUGCAGUCACUGCCGAUUCUAUCCAUACAGAAUCUCAGAGUGUAACAACCUGCCAGCCUAGUCUCCCAGCUAAUCAACACUACAGCCAGGGUGUCCAUAUGACACAUAGUCAUCAUGCUAAUAAACCCUAUACUGUACCAUCUCCUAAAACAUUGACUAGUAGACUGGUUGCUGCUACGUCAGGAUCCAUGUCUGCUGCCAGGCAUUCUGUCACGCAUUCUGCCACAGUCAAUCCUGGUCCCGCGUCGCAAUGGGUUGUGUCAGACACCACUUCCGAUGGAUUAGAAACACAGAUUUCCAAGGGUAUAAAAAGUGAUGAUCCAAGUGAUAGUAUGGCUAGCAAUCAUCUGGGCUUGGAUCCUUGCUCUUCCAUUGAUAGUGUUUACCGCAGUGAUAAAGUCGGUACUUUUAGAAUGAAUACCAACGGAGGUAGUUCAGAUAAUAACAUGAUAUCUGUCACAACCCAACAGCAGCCUAGUGCUGCCCAGAUUCAACAGAUGGAAUUUCAAUCCACAAUGAAUCGGCGCUCUGCUGUUCCAUCUGCUGCUGUUAACAAUAUUAACAAUGCUACCAACAUGGGCAUGCUGGCUACUCCCACAACGCUCUCUUUUUCCGCUUCCAUGGGCGAUCCCUCCGCCAUUCUUGCUACAAGCGCUCCUUUUACCUCCAGAUCCACAUCCUUUGAUAAAUCUUCAAUGCAGCAUCCAUCUGCUCGAUACAAUCAGAAUUUUGUGACUGGAGGUGCGCGCGCAGUUCCUCAGUUUGCACAGCGUUUGGUAAUGCAUGGCCAUCCUUAUAAUCAGCAACACAAUCUACAGCAGCAACAUACUCAGACUAUUCCUCAUGCGCAUGUGAAUUCUGUCAGUAAUUCUGAUCUCUUGAGCAAUGCCAAUGGCGGAGCCAUGGGCCAGAUCAACUCACUUAAACACAAGCUCAGUCAGGCUCAACACACUCAGCACGAUCAAUCUGGUCAAUCUGGUCAAUAUAAUCAGCAUCAUCAACAUAGUCAGCAGCUUCAGUCUUAUUAUAAUCCCUACACUGCUUAUUCAUCACAACUAUCACAACAAUCUACUCCAUAUAAUCAUAGUUUAGAUUCGUUUUUACAUGCCACAGAUCUCUUGCGUGUUCCAACAAACUCUCCUAUUCGAGACUCUAACCCAUCGUCGCGUGUCAACAGUGCUAAUCCUACUCCUGAACUGCCACAUCAGAUGCCUGCUCAUCUUCCCAAUACUUCCCAAUCCGUUUCUAUGAAUUUACAGCUUGCUCAACAAAAUAUAUUUACUUUGGCUCAACCCAGUAGAUCUCCAUCUCCAUUACUCGGUAAUGCAAGCGGUAAAAAUGGCGCUGUAACCACAUCCAAAGCCACUAUAAAACCCCAUCCUACAUCCGUUCAUAUUAUGCAUGCUCACACCAAGGGUUUAGACCCAUUAUCAAAUCCUUCAAGCGCAGCCUCUUCUGCUACUCAGCAUUCUGAUACUCCACUCUCAAUGCGCGGCACGUUUAUUCACAAUCCUACUGGUAUUCAAAUGAAUAUGCAUUCUCAAUUGCACAUGGCUGGUGACCCUGCGUUAUCUUUUGAUCGACAUCAUUCUCGCUCUUCUACUCCAAAUUUCACUGUUUCACGCGAAAGUAGUCCAGCAAGUCGAUCUACCGAUUUAGUCUCUGUUCAUAGCGCACGUACUGACUCUUAUCCAUAUAUGGACAUGUACCAACAGUCAGUUGCUUCAGGAGUCGCCGUGCGUCGUGAUUCUCAUAGCACGGCUUCUACUCCCAACACUGGAUCCAUGACUGCCCAAUUCCAAGUGUUGGGGCAUGGGCAUCUUGCUGCGCAGCAACAGUACUAUCAACAUCCAUCCCUAUAUCUUAAUCAACUUCAAACCAAAUCAAUCAACAAACCAGGAACCUACGAUUCACCCGCACUUAAUAAUGUCUCGCUUCCACAUGGUCAGAUAGGACCCGAUGGUUUGUGCAUUGGAGGUACGCCAUUGAGCAGUGAUCCUCAAGCUGCUACUGAUUCAAAAACAGGACCUCAAUGUUGGCCAACUAAUGGAUUUCAAUAUAAUCUUUCUACUGAUAUGGAAGUUGAUUUAAAUCUAUCCGAGGAAAAUAACACGCAACUUAAUAUAGCAAGGCUAGAUAAUGCUGGAAACGCUGCACUUCAAGUGGGUGCGCUUCAUAAUCUUUUGAAUACGCAUAUUAAUAUGAAUCAAUCCCAAAAAGCUCAAAAGAAUCCAUUAAACAGCUCCUAUCCAUCUCAAGAAAUUCAAGGUUUGCAGGAUUCUAAUGCUGCAGAUGGACAUAUCUCACAGAUGAUGGGAUCGUUGGAGUUUAAUUCUGCUGCUACUUCCCCAGCGAUUGGCUUGUCAAACAAUCAUCCUGAUCAACAAUUAACUGACAGUGUUAACUUUUCAAGACCUACUCUGGACGGAAGCGGGUCAGCAUCUAAUUUUUAUGGUGCAGUUGGGUUUCUUUCUCAAGAAAGCGAUCAAGAUUUACAAUCAUUUCCAUUGCAACAGCAUGAUUUGAAUUCUUCUACAUUUUCACUAAACCGUGCUGCCAAUUUGGAAGAAUCACGAACUUCAUCUGGAUCUACCUUUUUGAUAGCCAAGCCAUUUAAAUGCCACUAUAGUUGUAACAAGUCGUACAAGAAUGCCAACGGUCUCAAAUAUCACUUGAUUCAUGUGCAUGGUGAGUAUCCUGCAUCCAGUGGUAUUCAUACACCACAUAAUGGUGGUGGUGGUUCGUUGAACAAUUCAGGAAAUGAUGGAUCAAGACGAGGUCGUGGAAGCAAUACACCGGCCUCUGCAACCAGUGGCGAUCUAUCUCGCACAGGCACACCUACACCCAAUGCUGGGUUUCCGAGUUCUGGACCUACUUCGAAUGUUACGUUUAUUCAUCCGUCACACCGUCAGUAUCAAUGUCCCAUCUCACCCCUGUGCAUCAAAACGUACAAAAGCGUGGGUGGAUUACGGUAUCAUCUCAAGCACGCUCAUUCUGAUUUGAGUCUUGUUGACUGGCAGCAGGUUAUUACUUAUGCGCGCGAGCUUGCUGAGCGUGGCAGCACACAAUUGCGAUUAAACAUCACUACAGGGUUAGGACUUGGUUCCAAUUCUGGAACGGUAGCGCUAUCUGAUUGCAUACCCAACAGCACGGCAUUGAAUGCGAAUCAUUUAGAGCUUUGUGCAGAUCAGCUUUCACGAUCGGCACCUCCACCGCAAACUGGAGCGGAUGUGGCAGGAAUGCUAAAUAGCUCACCGCCUAUUCCGAUGCAAACUCCUCUUGUACCUCCACAAUUGAACUCUUCUAACCAGCAAUAUCAACAACAGACAAACAAGUCAACUUUAAACAAAUCUUCCGACUCGUAUGAUUACUAUCAUCAGUAA